AUGUCUCAUAAACCCGAGGGUGAAGAUGUCGCCACAAAGCGCGAUGCUUCACUCAGAAUAGACAUACCUCCAGUUCCAGAAGAACCGAACAAAGUCAACAACCCCUCGAGUCUAGCUGCAUCGUCACCGAGAUCACCUACCGCGUCCGACAACGCCAGUAGCCCUCGACUUCCAAAGUCCGACCUGAACAACGAGCAUGUUGCAUUCCAUGCGCUGGACGGGACCUCAUCUUGGAGUGCCGGCUCGGCCAAGCAACUAGCAAGCCCAGCUUCUACCACGGAUCGAGUCUACCCCAUCAGAAGUGUUAUUCGCGUGGACACUUCUCAGACACCACACAACUUGCCAAGCCGGCGCUCUGGCGAAGGACGAGAUUAUUCCCCCCCUAAUCAAGUCUCUGCUGGUAAUACGGUGGAUUCUACCCCUCUUCGACGCCAGAGCGAAUCUUACCCGUCAGAGCCUGGUAAGACGCCAACGCCUGAUGCAGGACCUCAAGACAAUCACCUCUCGAAUGAUACUCCCAGCGAUGAUCGCAAGCCACCUUCGUCUAAGAGGCACAAUGGUAAACAAAUCGAUAGUGGGAAGCGACUGCAAUUAUUCAGUUACGUUGCCUCUGAUAACUCUGAUUCAGUCAGUCAGCGGAGUGUUGCUCCAGCAAGCUCUAUCGAUACUCGUACUUCGGCAGACCGGGAGAGUAUAUCUGACCUGAUUACGGCGAGAUUCAAACAUACUGUGACCGCUGAGGGACAUGCUGUCAUUACGGGUCGAGAUGAAGGAACACUACAACAUUGUGAGGACGAGCCAAUUCAUGUGCCGGGAGCGAUACAAGGUUUUGGCCUUUUGAUCGCCUUAGAGGAGCAAGAUGGAGGCGAUCUUCUAGUCCGCACUGUCAGCGAGAACUCGCACCGAAUCAUCGGGUACAGCCCCCAGGAACUGUUCAAAUUGAAAAGCUUUACCGACAUUCUCAGUGAAGAACAAGCUGAUAAUUUGCUGGACCAUGUCGAUUUCAUCCGUGACGAGGAAGCCGAUCCAGCACCGAACGGACCAGAAGUAUUCAUAAUCAGCAUUCGAGCGCCGAAGGCCUCUAGAAGAGGCCGAAAGCUUUGGUGUGCAAUGCACAUUAAUCCUGCCUCUCCGAAUUUACUCAUAUGUGAGUUCGAGAUAGAUGAUGAUCAAGUUUACCCUUUGGUACCCCAGAAUAAUGAGACUCCGGAGCCACCAGAGGUCACGCUGCACAGUCAACCCACCCCAGAAGAGUUUGCAGAAAGUACUAAAAACACUAGUAAACCGCUCAGGGUUUUAAGGAGUGCCAGAAAACGAAAGGGUGAGGCCGCUGCUAUGGAAGUUUUCAACCUCAUGUCCCAGGUUCAGGAGCAACUAUCUUCGGCGCCAAAUCUCGAGAUAUUUUUAAAGAUCUUGGUCGGGGUCAUCAAAGAGCUCACUGGAUUUCAUCGUGUUAUGGAGUCUUGGUGGCUCUUGUCAAAUGUUCCGGGAGGUCUCGGGAGUUUCGAGGCACUAAAUUCCCCUGAACUGCGGACUCCUCACUUGUGCAGCAUUACUGACUGCGAGGUAUUACAGAUAUACCAAUUCGAUGCUAAAUUCAACGGGCGAGUGGUCACCGAACUUGUGGAUCCUCGAGCAACGACGGACUUGUAUAAGGGAUUGAACUUUCCCGCCUCAGACAUCCCAAAGCAAGCACGUGACCUGUACAAGAUUAAUAAGGUGCGCUUGCUAUACGACCGGGAUCUCGAGACAGCUCGUUUGGUUUGUCGAACUGUGGAGGAUCUUGAGCAGCCACUUGAUUUAACUUUCAGCUACUUGAGAGCAAUGUCGCCCAUUCACAUUAAAUAUUUGAGAAACAUGGCUGUGCGGUCUAGCAUGAGCAUUUCGAUCAAUGCGUUUUCCGAGCUGUGGGGGCUCAUUGCCUGUCAUACCUACGGUUCAAAGGGCAUGCGAGUCUCAUUCCCAAUUCGAAAAAUGUGUCGCCUUGUCGGUGACAUUGCAUCGAGGAAUAUCGAAAGACUUUCUUACGCUUCGCGACUCCAGGCACGGAAGCUUAUCAAUACUGUCCCAACAGAAGCAAACCCAUCUGGAUACAUUGUUGCUUCAUCCGAAGACCUUCUGAAACUCUUCGAUGCUGAUUUUGGCCUCCUAUCGAUCCGUGGUGAAACCAAGAUCCUGGGGAAAAUGGAGCAUUCACAAGAAGCCCUUGCUAUGUUAGAGUACCUUCGACUUCGUAGAAUAACCUCUGUUACUACAUCACAAGACAUCCGGCAGGAUUUUCCUGACUUGCAAUAUCCACCAGGUUUCGAUAUUAUUGCUGGUCUACUUUUGGUGCCGUUGAGCGUAGGCGGAAGCGAUUUCAUAGUUUUCCUUCGAAAAGGCCAAGUAAAAGAAGUCAAAUGGGCUGGGAAUCCGUACGAAAAGUUCAUCAAAGCAGGAACAGAAGGAUACCUAGAGCCGAGAACAAGCUUCAUGGCUUGGAACGAAACUGUUAUUGGAAAGUGCCGAGAAUGGACCGAAGAACAAGUCGAAACUGCUGCAGUCUUGUGCUUGGUAUACGGAAAAUUCAUUGAGGUCUGGCGGCAAAAAGAAGCUGCCUUGCAAAGCAGCCAACUUACGCGACUUCUCCUCGCAAACUCUGCACAUGAGGUUCGCACUCCUCUCAAUGCGAUCAUCAACUAUCUAGAGAUUGCCCUCGAGGGUGCACUCGAUCAAGAGACCAGAGACAACCUGGCAAAGUCCCAUUCCGCUUCAAAAUCUUUGGUAUAUGUUAUCAACGAUUUGCUGGAUUUAACCAAAACCGAAGAAGGCCAAGAACUUAUCAAAGAUGAAGCUUUCGACCUUCAUGCUACUAUUCACGAGGCGGUGGAUUCUUUCAGGGGAGAAGCAAAACGCAAGGGAUUGAAAUAUGAGGUGAUUGAUCAUCCAGGACUUCCAAAAUUCGUUCUCGGUGAUCAGCGAAGGGUCAGACAGGCUGUGGCUAACAUCACUGCCAACGCAAUGCAACAUACAACUGAUGGUUGGAUCCGUAUCGAGGUUUGUCCACGUGGAGUAGCAGAUGGGAGAGCCACCGUGGAAAUAGUGGUCCAUGAUUCCGGGGCCGGAAUGUCGAACGAGAAACUUGAUGCUCUGUUUCGAGAUCUGGAACAAGCUAGCACUGAUGCUGAUGGAUUAUUUAAAGGAUCGGAUGACGGUGGCAAUGCAUCGCAAGUGAAGGACAGUCGAACUCUAGGUCUCGGUUUGGCCGUGGUGGCCAGGGUAGUACGAAAUAUGGACGGUCAACUACGUCUCAAAUCAGAACAAGGCAUAGGAUCUCGUUUCGUCAUCCAAUUGCCUUUCGUCCUACCUGAUGAUGCAUCUGGAGACGAGGAUGCAAAAUCUAGAUCGGUGAAACUGGCCAGGCAAAAUUCGAAUCUUGCACCAUCUAUAGCUGCCGAGGGAGAGAUUACCCUUGUAGACAACGUCAGCUCUUCAAAGGCUGAGGGUGUCAUUCACAAACGCAGCAUCGAAGAGCUGGCUAGUUUGCAUAGUUUCAAGAGUGGUUCAAGUGGCAAGAGCAGAGGUAGUGCUAAGAGUGACGUUGACAGGCUCAUUGAUGCUAUUUCCGGUCCCUUCCAUAGUAAUGAUCAAGAAGCUGGCGAGCAAGGUCUACAUCGUUCUAACAGCAAAGGUAGUGGGCACAGUCGCAAAAGUGCCGGUAGUCUGGGGAAAACAUCUUCAGCUCGUAUGGCAACCGGCAAUGAGAGGCCGAGAAGGUUGUCACGCAAGACAUCCCACGGGCCUCCGGAACGCGUACAUUCGGAACGCGUACAUUCGGAACGCGUACAUUCGGAACGCGUACAUUCGGAACGCGUACAUUCUGCAGGAACCGAGUUUGUGACCGAUAAUGGGACACCCAUGAAGGCCAUCAGGAUGCCUGACGAAUUCAAUUCAACUGGAGGGUUACCUCCUCAUACUCCCUCUCGCGUGCUGUUCAAUGUUCCAAAUAAAAAUAUUGAACAACUUCCGGAAGAAUCAAAGAAGUUGGAUGCGGAGCAUCUCCAAGUCCUGUAUGCGGAAGAUGAUCCCGUCAAUAACAAGAUUAUGCGAAAGCGGAUGGAGAAGAGCGGGCAUGCAGUACACAUCACUGUCAACGGUGAAGAGUGUGCUGAGGUUUACAGAGACAAGCCGGCAUUUUUCGACGUCGUGCUCAUGGACAUGCAGAUGCCGAUCGUAGGCGGGCUAUCAUCAACCAGGAUGAUCAGAUUAUUUGAGAAACAGCAUUCCCAGAGCAUCUUAUCCCCUCGUGCUGCGAACAAUGGCCGAGUUCCUAUCUUCGCAGUUUCGGCAUCGCUCCAGGAACGCGAACGCCAACACUACAUCGACGCAGGGUUUGACGGCUGGAUUCUUAAACCCGUCGAUUUCAAGCGUCUGAACAUCCUUCUGCGAGGUAUCGUGGAUGACGAGAUUCGCAACUCAUGUCUCUACCAACCUGGAGCAUGGGAGAUAGGAGGAUGGUUCCAGCAACGACAGCCGAGUGUUUUCACAUCGCCGGGGUCAUCAUCUGAGCACUCACUCGGUCAGCCUAGCGACAGGCCAUCUCCGCACCAGGAUGAAGGGUCUAUGCACAGCAGCGAGAGUGGAUCAACUGUCACGUCCAGGAGUGUGGAUAGGAGACCUUUUAUACACGAUGAGCGACUUCGACUUGAUGGGACAGCGGCGAAGACAGAAGUCGCUGACCAGUCUUGA